CCCCGCCCCCACCGCCUCCUCCCGCUCCUCCCGCUCCCGCCCGCGCGCCGGCCCGGCGUCCGCUCCCGUGAUUGGCUCCCGGCGCGGGCUGGGGGCGGGGCGCGUCGCCCUCUCGCCUUACGCGUCGUAGGCGUGCGCGACGCGGUGACGCAGCACGUCGACGUAAGUGACGCGCCGGCCCGGGCCGCUCCUCCUUCCCUGAAGCAGCCUGACGGCCAUGGAGGCCGAGGAGACGAUGAUGGAGUGCCUGCAGGAGUUCCCCGAGCACCACAAGAUGAUCCUCGACCGGCUCAACGAGCAGCGGGAGCAGGACCGCUUCACGGACAUCACGCUCAUCGUGGACGGACAUCACUUUAAGGCUCACAAAGCUGUUUUGGCCGCUUGCAGUAAAUUCUUCUACAAAUUCUUUCAGGAGUUUACGCAGGAACCUUUGGUGGAGAUAGAAGGUGUUAGUAAAAUGGCCUUUCGUCAUUUAAUUGAGUUCACGUAUACAGCAAAAUUAAUGAUACAAGGAGAAGAAGAAGCCAACGAUGUGUGGAAAGCAGCUGAGUUUCUACAGAUGCUGGAAGCGAUCAAGGCCCUUGAAGUCAGAAACAAAGAAAACUCAGCUCCACCAGAGGAAAAUGCCACAGGGAAAAGUGAGAUGAAAAAAAGGAAGAUUGCAGAAACGUCAAAUGUUAUCACUGAGUCCUUGCCAUCUGCAGAAUCAGAACCUAUUGAGAUUGAAGUGGAGAUUGCCGAGGGCACAAUUGAAGUAGAAGAUGAAGGUGUGGAGACAUUAGAAGAGGUGGCUUCUGCCAAGCAGUCCAUCAAGUACAUUCAGAGCACAGGGUCUUCCGAUGACUCUGCCUUGGCACUGUUGGCAGAUAUCACCAGCAAGUACCGCCAAGGAGAUAGGAAAGGGCAAAUUCGAGAAGACAGCUGUCCGUCUGACCCCACAAGCAAACAGGUAGAAGGUAUUGAAAUUGUGGAACUUCAGCUGUCACAUGUGAAGGACUUGUUCCAUUGUGAGAAAUGUAACCGUUCAUUUAAAUUGUUUUACCAUUUUAAGGAACACAUGAAAUCACACUCCACUGAGAGUUUCAAGUGUGACAUAUGCAAUAAAAGGUAUCUUCGGGAGAGCGCCUGGAAACAGCACCUCAGUUGUUACCACCUUGAAGAAGGUGGAGUCAGUAAAAAGCAAAGAACUGGGAAAAAAAUUCAUGUAUGUCAGUACUGUGAAAAACAGUUUGACCAUUUUGGACACUUUAAAGAGCAUCUUCGAAAACACACAGGUGAAAAACCUUUUGAAUGUCCAAAUUGUCAUGAACGAUUUGCUAGAAAUAGCACCCUCAAAUGUCACCUGACUGCAUGCCAAACUGGAGUGGGGGCAAAAAAAGGAAGAAAGAAGCUUUAUGAAUGUCAGGUCUGUAACAGCGUGUUUAACAGCUGGGACCAGUUCAAAGAUCACUUGGUAAUACACACUGGCGAUAAACCCAACCACUGUACUUUAUGUGACUUGUGGUUUAUGCAAGGAAACGAAUUAAGGCGACAUCUCAGUGACAUCCACAAUAUUUCAGAGCGAAUAGUAACUGAAGAAGUCCUUUCGGUAGAGACGCGCGUGCAGACCGAGCCUGUGACAUCAAUGACCAUCAUAGAGCAGGUUGGGAAGGUGCACGUACUGCCGCUGCUCCAGGUUCAGGUGGACACGGCACAGGUGACUGUAGAGCAGGUCCAUCCGGAUCUGCUCCAGGACAGCCAGGGCCACGACCCACGUAUCACCGAGCUCCCGGAGCAGGUCCAGGUGAGCUACCUGGAGGUGGGUCGCAUUCAGACUGAAGAAGGCACAGAACUGCACGUGGAGCGGGUCAGCCACAUGCCGAUGGAGGUGCACGCCGAGCUGCUGGAGGCCGGCCUGGAUCAAGUCACCCCUGAGCUCACGAACCAGGAAGAGGAGGGAGAAGAACCCGGCCAGGCAGAGGCUGCCGACGCUGCCGACGACGACCACCACGAGGCUGUGGAGGGCCUGGAGGCGGAAUCACCAGUGGGCCUCCCCGCUGACAAGGCAGAGAGUGAAAAUAGAACAUUAUGCCCGUUUUAGAACGAACUGACGAAUGAGUCUGUUUUUCAGUGUGUCGGGUGUUUGAACUGGUGAUGGGCAGUGUGACUGUCCGUAAGCUAACAGACAAGUGGACCAAAGUUACUUUCCUGUUGUGCUGAAGUGUUUCUAUUGUAGCAGACCGAUUUCAUAUGUUUUCACUAAUGCCACAGAGGAGGGAUUUGCCCCACAAGUGAAUGGGAAGCUUUGAGAAGUCUAUUUCUGCAAAAAGUGGAUUAUAUUCUUACUGGGUACGAAUGUAUCUGUUUUCAUUGUGAUAAGGUUUCUCCCUUCCUUCCCAAGUCAUGCCCUUCCUUGAAUUUUUUCCAUCCUGUAAGAUCAAACAUAAAACCAUUAGAAUACAAGCUUAUGUAUUCUGAUGCAUGUUAGAAAACUGAAUAUAUAGGAACCAAGACUGCAUGAAGAAAGUGCAUUGUUACUGUGCAGUUGACUCUUGGCUUCUGGCUUUCUUUACUUUGACCAGUGUUCUUGUCUACCCAAAUAGUCACAGGUGUUAUUUCUCCAACAGAAACAGAAUGGUGAUGGUAACAUUUUUAGAAUGUUUGGGAAAAAAAAAAAAAAAAGAAAAAAGCAAACAAACACACACACCCAUGUGCCUUUCAAAACCAACUAAAUCUAUUUAAAAAAAAAAAAAAAUCUCUGGUUCUUUUCAAAGUUUGUGUUGUAAGGAACAAUGUAGGUGAUGUUACAGUACCAUAUGUUUUUGCUUAUAAUGACAGCUACCAAUUCUUUUUCACUUAAGUUAGGUUGAGGAUUUUUGUUUAGUGGCCACUGAAGGGCUAUUUUCCAAUUCGAACAAUUCAUUUAUAUCUGUGGUAAACUUUAUUUUGAUGAAAAGUUGCACUAGUAUUUUACCACCAGAUGAAAAAAAAAAGAUAAGCAUCAUUAAAAAAUUAAUGUAUUUAAGAUAAAGUACAGAAAACGGUGUAUAUAAUUUAUCAGGCUUUGUUUUGAAUGAAUCUUUUCCCCUGAUCCUUAAUGUAAAGAUCUUGUGCUAUAACUUUUAAAGCCAUACAAAUAAGAGUGCUAAACUGUGGACUUAAAAGUAGGUGUGUAAAUAUUUUUAAUCAGUAUUACUUGGAAAAUAAAAUAUAACAACCACAUAAAGUGAACCAAUAUGCUAUUUUCUUUACUUGUUAAAUAUUGGGAGAUAUUUACAUUUUUAAAAAGUAAACUUUAAAAUUAUGUA